GAAAGUAAAGCGAUAGAUCGUCAACAAGAGAGAAACGUGAUAUUAGUCAAGUGUAAUCCAGCACAAUCCACACACAUUUUACGCCUUUGGUAGCAUCCGGGUUUCACCAUUUUCUGCAUUAUUAAACCUGUGGACCAAGAGUAACGUCUUCAGAGUCGUGGUGUAGAAGAUGAGUUUAUCUGACUGUCCAAUCCAGGCUGAGACGCUCAUCUUUGAUCUGCUGAGAGGCCUGUUUCAGGCAAGAUUCAGCAGAUAGCAGAGCGAUGAAGGGAAACGGCGGUGAUUUCUGGAAGGCAGUCCCUGUACCUCCUCCUCCACAUGACAGGGAAGCAUCAUGUGUGACUCACAGCUGGGACUUCCUUUGGGUGGCGACGGCGGAUGAUGCGAUGGACGUGUCGUUGCAUCAGCGCUCGCCUCUGAAUGGAGGCGACAGCAGACCGUGGCACCAACACAAGGGGCGGGGCCUACCUCUCAAUUUCAGGAAGAGCUUCGAUGACGUCACGGCAGCCAGCGCCCCACUGAGCUGUAGCUACACGCACGCGCGUCCUGACACAAGCACGCGCAACACACGAGUUGGAGCACGCGUCGGUUAGAGAAGAGGAAGAAAAACGGUAGAGGCGAGACAUCAAGUCAAGAUAUGGCGUAACAGCGGACAGGCGGUCAUAAAUUGCAUCUUCUGAACGACACGGAAGGAUUUACGUCCGUGGCCCGUUAUUUAUUUCUUUUUAAAUUUUAUUUUUAAAGGCGGCAUUUUGUUCUUUUCCUUCACCGACAUGAUUUGGUGAGCUAUUGCCCCUAUUUCACGUCCGGAAUUUGUGUUAGUAGCCCACCCUAGCGUGCUAACACCACCGCCGACAUGUCAGACAACCAGAGCUGGAACUCGUCGGGUUCCGAGGAGGAUUCGGAGCCCAGAGAGGAGACCGGGAACUUGGUGGGCGUCGGCGUGUUCAGCGGGGUCCUCAGCAAGUGGACCAACUACAUCCACGGAUGGCAGGACCGCUGGGUGGUGCUGAAGAACAACACGCUCAGCUACUACAAGUCACAGGAUGAAACUGAGUACGGUUGCCGUGGCUCGUUAUGCCUCAGCAAGGCUGUUGUCACGCCCCACGAGUUUGACGAGUGCAGGCUGGACAUCAGCGUCAAUGACAGCGUGUGGUACCUGAGGGCCCAGGACCCCGAGCACAGGCGACUCUGGAUCGACUCCAUCGAGCUGCACAGGCGUGUCAGAGAGGGGACGAGAGACAAGGGAGGAGUCCAGGCUAUGAUUUUCAUCCCUCCACCACUGGCCGAUCCCGGCUACGGUUCCGAGUCCAGCCUUGGGCGACAUGGCUCCAUGCUGUCGCUCACUUCGGCCACCAGCGGCUACUCGGCCACCUCCACUUCCUCUUUCAAGAAGGGUCACAGCCUGAGGGAGAAGCUGGCGGAGAUGGAGACAUUCCGAGACAUCUUGUGCCGGCAGGUGGACACGCUGCAGAAAUACUUUGACGGCUGUGCAGACGGCGUGUCUAAGGACGAACUACAGAGAGACAAGAUCGUGGAGGACGAUGAGGACGAUUUUCCCAGCACCCGCACCGAUGGAGAGUUUCUUCACAACAGCAGCAACAGCGCCAAAGACAAACUUUUCCACUGCUCCAAUCCGAAGGCGGUGAACGGCAUCGACUUCAAAGGCGAGGCCAUCACGUUCAAGGCCACCACCGCCGGCAUCCUCGCCACUCUGUCGCACUGCAUCGACCUGAUGGUCAAGCGAGAGGACAGCUGGCAAAAAAGGCUGGACAAGGAGAUGGAAAAAAGAAGAAGAAUCGAGGAAAGCUACAAGUCGGCUCUCAACGAGCUGAAGAAGAAGUCCCACUUUGGAGGUCCAGAUUACGAGGAGGGUCCGAACAGCCUCAUCAACGAGGAGGAGUUCUUCGACGCGGUCGAAGCCGCUCUCGACCGCCAGGACAAAAUUGAACAGUGUCAGACGGAGAAGACCAGAAUCCAGAGAUCGAGUCCACUUCCACCAGCAGACGUCUUCUCCAGCUCGGGCUCUCACAGAUUAUCCGAGCAGGUGGAGGAGAUGGUGCAGAGUCACAUGACCUACUCACUCCAGGACGUCGGCGGUGACGCUAACUGGCAGCUGGUAGUGGAGGAAGGCGAGAUGAAGGUUUACAGGAGGGAAGUGGAGGAAAACGGCAUCGUACUGGACCCUCUCAAGGCCACACACUCGGUGAAGGGUGUGACGGGACACGAGGUGUGCCACUACUUCUGGGACACGGCCUACCGCAACGACUGGGAGACCACCAUCGAGAACUUCAACAUCGUAGAGACGCUAUCGGAGAAUGCUGUCAUUGUCUAUCAGACACACAAGAGGGUGUGGCCCGCCUCCCAGCGUGAUGUUCUGUACCUAUCGGCCAUGCGCAAGAUGGUGGCCAGCAACGAGAGCGACCCCGACACGUGGCUGGUGUGCAACUUCUCCGUGGACCACCACGAUGCGCAGCCAAGCAGCCGCUGUGUUCGUGCUAAGAUCAACAUCGCCAUGAUCUGCCAGACCUUGGUCAGUCCACCAGAGGGCAACAAGGAGAUCAGCAGAGACAACGUGCUGUGUAAAAUCACAUAUGUGGCCAAUGUGAAUCCCGGAGGCUGGGCGCCAGCCUCGGUGUUGCGGGCGGUGGCCAAGAGAGAGUACCCCAAGUUCCUGAAGCGCUUCACCUCUUACGUACAAGAGAAGACCGCCGGCAAGCCAAUCUUGUUCUGAUCCUCUCUUGCAACGUUACAUCGUUAUUGUACCAAGUCUUGUUCAGGCCGCACUGGAGAGGAUAAAAAAAAAAACACACACACACACACACACAACCUGACC